AGUGAUUUGACUUAGUAUUAAUAUUAUAUUCCAGAAAAUUUUGAAAUCCUAAUUUCUUCCAUAUUUCAUUAAAUUUUUGCAUACAGGUCAAACAAAUGUGGAUAUGUAUACACAUUCUCUUUAAUGAAGCGUUUUCCCAGACUCAAUAACGAAGCCAGCCAGUUCCAGUCUGGGGACACAGGACGAGCUUCCAGCACAAGAGGUUUAGCAGAAGGUGCUAGAUACCUGUGGAUGCCAACACCGGUCUUUCCUAUAUGAUCUCAGCACAAAGACUAACGCCUCCCAGUUUCAUCUGUGGAAAACAAACCCCCAAACUGAACUCUAUCCGUGUUAAGAGGAGCUUUUGUUUAUUUAAGCUUGCACGAAGUAGCUUUGACAGCCAUUGUUCCUUCAGACUGUAAACAAUGACUCAAAGCCUUCUCAAAAGACAAGCUAUUUCCCGAUAGUCUGGUUGCCCACUGACUUCAGCAGACGUACGAAGAGGGCUGCAGACAUCACGCCUCCAUUGCGGGCGGCAUUUGCUUUCAGUUGUGAUUCUAGGUCCCACUGCGGGUGCCACAGGGCCGAGACAGGAGGUACAGAUGGAUUCGGAGGUCCGGAGGGUAGACCGGCCGCUUCGAGGAGUCGCUCUGGCUCUCCCUCCGCUCUCUAUGGUCGGGAGCGCGAGCCCCUCCUCUUCCGGGAACGAGCACUCUUCCUUGACGCACGCGCAGCGCCAGGAGGGAGUUCCGUUUCCGGUCUGGUGGUUUUCGAUUUUUGGCGUUCAGUAGUCGCGGUUGGUGGGUAACAACUGAGCUAAGAUGCUGCGGAAUGUGCUGGCCCUUCGUCAGAUUGCCCAGAGGACCAUCAGCACCACUUCACGAAGGCAUUUUGAAAACAAAGUUCCAGAGAAGCAAAAGCUGUUUCAGGAGGAUAAUGGGAUGCCAGUUCAUCUGAAAGGCGGGACAUCUGAUGCCCUCCUUUACAGAGCCACAAUGCUUCUGACAGUUGGUGGUAAGACAUCGUUUGAGUGUUUACAAGUCAGGAGCAGCUGUGUUGGCUUUCUUGCUUUUGAUGUGGUGUGUUUAUUGCAGUCUGUCUGCACAUCAUCUCCCUGCCCCUCAGAUGAACAUUCAGGAGGGCAGUUAGAGCACACUAAGCAUUUGGCCAUUAAAGCAGGUUUGACACGACAGGUUUGUGGUUAACAGAGCUAGUUUUCUACAGAUGUCACUAGUCAUUCUCAACCACCCAACCCCAAACAUUCAAACUACAAUAGUAGGGGUUCGAAAAAACAAGUUUGUAUUCCUUAUUCUAUUGAAGGAUAUUGUUGUGCUAUAUCUACAUUUUAAAAAUAGAAAUGAGGUAACGAUAAAACUAGAUUAAGUAGUUUUUUAGCAUCUAUCAAGAUACUUUUAUGUUUGAUCAUGGAUGUGUAUGUAUGUUCCCACUAGAGAUUAAACCCACGAACUUAGGCAUUAGAUGCAAACACUGCUUUUGCGGUAUUCUCAGCCAUUAAGCUUAACAGCAACUUUGCCUUUAACGUUUGAGCUGAACUACAUAUGUGUAUGCACUGAUAUCAGAAGUCUUAGCCCUUCAUGUGUUUCUCAGGAACAGCGUAUGCCAUCUAUAUGUUAGCUAUGGCUGCAUUCCCCAAGAAGCAGAACUGACGUCGUCAUCCCAGUCUCCACAUGGUUCAGUUUCAUUCACUGCGCGAUGGACCAGGAACCUGAUGAAUAACUGAACUCUUCUAUGGGGAUCAAUAUUUAUUGAUGUGUAUUAACUGCCACCAAUAAAGCAGUCCUUAACCAUU